AGCGCCCCCACCACCCCGAGACAUGGGACUAGACGAGUCUUAAGACAAUCCCAGUCUUUUCCAAGCGGAAGUACCUCCUCCUGGGCAAUGUACACCGGCGAUUAUUCGCUCCCCACUCCGACGCCCGUCGGCUCAGAGGCCAACAGCCCCGCAGCAACUUUCCAGUCCCCGGCCUCGGACGGCCAGCUCGCAUAUCUCAUACAGAACAGAGCUAACGAUCCGUGUAAAGUUUUUAGAGAUCAAAGAGAUCCUGAUAAAAGGAGCCAUACCUGGGCGGACAGUAAAAUGGCCUGCGAGAUGGCCUUCUUGGCCUACUUGGGCAUCAUCCAGCAGAGCCACAAUAAGCAUCAAUGUCCCGACGCCAAGGAGGCCGAAUGCCGACUGAUCAUGAGGUCCAGCACGAAAGUAUGGGAGUGGACAUGUACCGUGAAAGUGCGCAAUCAUUUGUGUGGAGCUUUCCUGUGUUGUGAGCCGUUCCGCGUUGAGCAUUUGGACUACUGUGUCAAGACCUUAUACCCGGCGGUGAUUUUGAGAUCCAGACGCUACGACUACAACAGGAACAUGGGUCGCUCCCUAUCCAGCUCCGAGGGAACACCCUCAAAACCAACUUACAUCCCCGAAGAGGAUUAAAACCUUUCUGUGAAUUUGGUCAGGAAAUUCAGAUAGAGCACUUUUACAAGGAGAGUCUGGCCACUGCACUGGGUCAAAAGAAAAAAAAGGGAGAAAAAAAGAGAA